AUGUCUGGUCGCGGUAAGGGAGGUAAAGGUCUCGGUAAAGGAGGCGCUAAGCGUCACCGUAAAGUUCUCCGUGAUAACAUCCAGGGAAUCACUAAACCUGCCAUCCGUCGUCUGGCUCGCCGUGGCGGAGUCAAGCGUAUCUCUGGUCUCAUCUACGAGGAGACCCGUGGUGUGCUGAAGGUAUUUCUGGAGAACGUCAUCCGUGAUGCUGUCACCUAUACCGAGCACGCUAAGAGGAAGACUGUGACCGCCAUGGAUGUGGUUUACGCUCUGAAGAGACAGGGCCGCACUCUGUACGGCUUCGGAGCGCCCAAGAAGGGCUCCAAGAAAGCGGUCUCUAAGAGCGUCAGCAAGACCGGUAAGAAGAAGAGGAGAACCAGGAAGGAGAGCUACGCCAUCUACGUGUACAAGGUGCUGAAGCAGGUCCAUCCCGACACCGGUAUUUCCUCUAAGGCCAUGGGAAUCAUGAACUCCUUCGUCAGCGACAUCUUUGAGCGUAUCGCCGGUGAGGCCUCCCGUCUGGCUCACUACAACAAGCGCUCCACCAUCACCUCCAGGGAGAUUCAGACCGCGGUCCGCCUGCUGCUCCCUGGGGAGUUGGCCAAGCACGCCGUGUCUGAGGGAACCAAGGCCGUCACCAAGUACACCAGCUCCAAAAUGUCUGGUCGUGGUAAAGGAGGUAAAGGACUCGGUAAAGGAGGCGCUAAGCGUCACCGUAAAGUUCUCCGUGAUAACAUCCAGGGAAUCACCAAACCCGCUAUUCGUCGUCUGGCUCGUCGUGGUGGAGUCAAACGUAUCUCCGGUCUCAUCUACGAGGAGACCCGCGGUGUGCUGAAGGUAUUUCUGGAGAACGUCAUCCGUGAUGCUGUCACCUACACCGAGCACGCUAAGAGGAAGACUGUGACCGCCAUGGAUGUGGUUUACGCUCUGAAGAGGCAGGGCCGCACCCUGUACGGCUUCGGAGGUUAAAUCACCGGCUUGACUCACUGCAA